AUAUUAAUAGUCUUGAAAAAUAGGAAAUUAGUAUUUCAAAUCACCUAGGUUAAAUAAAAAAGUUACAAAAGAAAAAAAACACAUUAAGGGCACUUAUUUUUUUCAGCUAUAAAUACACAAACCCAUUGUUCACACCUUUACCACACUGCUUGUUGAGAUAUGGUGAAAAUGGCUAAUUCCCAAUCUGCCCUUCCCUUCUUCUUCCUCAUCUCAUCACUCUUGCUCCUCUGCUCUGCCGUCUCAGUCCUUGCACGUCAAGCUCCCACUUUGACCCCUGCAACAGCACCUGCCUCCACCGCAACACCGCCGGAAGCCGCCCACACGAAGCCUCCACCACACCAUGCAAAGCCUCCCACUGGCCACUCAGAUUCCCCAGCUCAUCCCCCUACCCAUCCAAAAGACCACCACGACCACCACCUCCACCACCACGACCACCACCACCAUCCUCCAGCUCCGGCAGACGCCCCCCGGAAACCAGGACCACACUCCACAGCUCCCGCCCCUCAUCACCAUUUCCACUCCGUUACCGCAUAAUCAUCAAAAAAGUUUAAUAAUGCACGGAGUAUGUUUUAGUUAAAUAAAUAGUUUGAUUUAAUUAUUGUGAUGUACUCCUAAUUAUAUUUACUUUUUCAUUGUUGAGUGGACUUAUAACACUCCUUCAAGGUUUCUUGUUGGUUCUUUUCCUUGAUGCCUUUGUUGAACCGACAACACUAUGAAUUUCAUAUGAUUUCUAUGUCUUUGAAGAUUAAGAAUUCCAUAUGAUUUCUAUCCCUUCCUAUGAAUUGUGUUUGUAUUAACAAAUCCCUAUGUCUGAAAAGACUUUAUACUGUGUACUUUAUUUUUGACAACUUCUUUUUAAAAUUAUGGUCUAGUUUGAUUUUUUUAAUCAAAUUAGACAAAUUUU